AUGGCCACCUCCUUCAUCUUGAGAACCCAUCGUUUGUUGCUGCUGCUCAUCGUAUCCUACACCAUCAUCUUGGAACUCCGUCCUCCCAUGAUGUCCUGGACCGGCCAUCGUUACCUCAAGAACUAUGGAACCUCCGUCGAUAACUACUACUACCUCCUAAUCCCUCCCUUCUGCAACAUCACCAGGAAAGGAGGAGGAUGGGUCAACGAGAUGUUCGACUCUCACGAGUUCCGCUUUCACUAUCUCGAUAUGGAAUGGAUAUUCGAGCCCCGCAACAAGACCGUCGUCCCCUUAGGCGUCUGCGAGGCUGAUAAGAAGAUGUAUUACGCCUAUUUGAUGCGUGUCUAUCUGUGCGCGACGAGACUCCAAUGGAUCGCCGCCGAUGUCGGCCACGCCGCGAAGGCGAAGGAGUGGAUAUUUCUGAAGCCCCUGUCGGUUACGAGCUUCGGCGGGCUUUUCGUCAUCUCAUGCCUUCAAAAACGUGUACUGUUUCUCUUUGCGUUGUUCUCCUGCAUUGCUGGGCUUGUGUCCUGGUGGUGCUCAAGAAGGAGAGAGGAGCAGACCAACGAAGAGGUGGGGCGAGGAGCAAUUCCCACACCGCAGUUUGAAGAACCUGCAAUGCCCCGGCGGUACCACUACGACGAACUGGCCGCCGCGACGGGUAACUUCUCGGAGAGCCAGCGGAUCGGGCAGGGCGGAUUCGGCUCGGUAUACUGUGGCUUCUUGAACGACGGCACGGGUCACAUCGCCAUCAAGGUGCUCUCGCCGGAGUCGUCGGCGCAGGGAAGGAAGGAGUUCGAGGCCGAGGUCAAGAUCAUAACCCGGCUGAGCCAUCGGAAUGUUGUGCGGCUGCUGGGCUGGUGCGAUGGCGAGAACGGCGGCCUCCUGCUCGUGUACGAGCUCGUGUCGGGAGGCAACCUCGACAAGCAUCUCCAUAGCCCUGACCAUCAUCAGCUCCUGACUUGGCACCAAAGAUUCGAGAUCGCCCUCGGCCUUGGCUGCGCCUUGCGCUAUCUCCACACGGAGGUAGAUAAGUGCGUCGUGCACGGGGACAUCAAGUCCAGCAACGUCAUGAUCGACUCGUCCGGCGCCGCCAAGCUCGGAGACUUCGGGCUGGCGAGGCUCCUCGACCACGGAGCCGAGCCGCACACUACGGAGACCGUCGCGGGAACCAUCGGCUACAUAGACCCGGAGUUCGUCAACAGCCGUAGGCCGUGCACGGAGUCCGACGUGUACAGCUUCGGCAUCGUGCUCCUGGAGAUCGCAAGCGGCAGGCGGCCGACGCCGCCUCCGGGGCAACCCUGUGCAGCUUCAGCUUCGGCGACGCUGCUGGGGCGUGUCCGCGAGAUGUAUGACCGGAACGCUGUCCUGGACGCGGCAGAUUCGAGGCUGAAGGGAGCGUUCGUCGAGUGGGAGAUGGAGCGCCUGCUCGUCACCGGGCUCUGGUGCGGGCACGCCGACAGUAGCCAGCGGCCGUCAAUGGUGCAAGCUAUGAGUUUUCUCCAGCCCGAAGAUGCAGAGCUGCGGGUGCCUCCUCCAGACGCCGCGACGCACGGUGGUUCGAGGCAGCUGUCAGUGGAGAUGAGCCACGGGUCCACGCGUUCAUCUGCUGCUAGUACAUACCACACUCCACCGGAUACGAGUUACUACCUACCGACACAAGAAUAA